GCAAAGAGCUUAGAUACGUUAGUGCGUUUUUCAAACGUUGGUUAUGUGUGGUUCUCUUUUCCUUAUCCCCUUCUACUGAUCCUCUCCCUUUUCUCCACAAAAUCCCUUCUCUGGAAUUUUGUCUUAAUGCAUGGCAGUUGUUGGGUGUCAAGGCAUUUUACCUUCUCCAUUCCCUCUUUGCUUCUCAGUUCUUUGAAGCCUUUUUUCAGAAUUUGGGUUACAAAUUGAAUGCCCUUCUGGAACAUGUCUGUAAAAGAGAAUAGACAGCCACAGGAGGGGGACUCAGCAUGGCCGGAGCUGCAGCUCUCAAACUUGCUGUUAUCUGACACAGUUAGAGCAAUUCACACAACCAUUAACAAUGAGUGGGAUUCACUUCAGCGCACCGCAUGCCAGACGGCGGCAGGAAGAGCCUUGUGGAAACAUGUGAUCCAUGAUCCACUUGCAGAAGUACUGGCUGGGGAGGCCUACCUGAAGAAUUUCCAUGAAAAGAUGACAAGAGACCGUCUGAACAAUGCCCGCGAAAUUUCUGGAGUCAUUCUUGCUGUUCGAACCCUCUGGUUUGAUUCAAAACUUGAAGCAGCUCUCAACUCUUUUAAUGGUGAAGAGGCCCAGGUUGUUCUACUAGGUGCAGGAAUGGAUGCUAGGGCAUACCGCUUGAACUGCUUGAAUGGAAGCAACGUUUUUGAGGUUGAUUUCCCUGAGCUCCUGCACAUGAAGGCCACUCUCCUGCAAGCAGCAAUAUGGUCCACCAAUGAACAUGAGCAACUGAAGGUGAUAGCAAAAUCCAUAACCAGAGUGCCUGCUGACAUCAGAGACGAUAACUGGCUCGAGAAGCUUCAACAUUCUGGUUUCAUUCCUGAAAGGAAUACAGUGUGGCUUCUAGAAGGGAUCCUUUAUUACCUUUCCCACCCCCAUGCCAUGCAGGUACUGAAGACCAUAGCAGCCAACUGCACCUUGACUCACACAGUCCUCCUCGCAGAUUUCAUGAAUAAGUCCUCAACCACAAUCUCCGAAUCUACCUACCACUUCUAUAGUGACUGGCCUGAUCAUCUUUUGCCAUCUCUUGGAUUUUCUGAUGUCAAGCUUUCACAGAUUGGAGACCCUGAUGCCGAUUUUGGCCUCUUGCAUGAUCCCCUAAAUAUAUUCAACAAGAUCCGCAGCCUGCCCAGGUCAGUCCAAACCCACCCAGAUGAUGGAACACCAUGCCAUCGCCUCUACUUGGUGCAGGCCACAGGCUCACCCAACAAUAGCAUUCCAUAGAAGGUCAAUGAUCUAAUAAACAUAGACACCACACAUGAGCUGAUUCUCAAAGGUAAUUGUAGGCACUAGCAGUGUUAUUGUGGCAUUAGGAACACAAAUGCAGCUUUAAGCUAGUGAAGUA